AUGUUAGUAAGUCGUUUCCGUAAUGUGGUUAGCGGUCCAGUGCUGUGGCUAAAGAGGCUGGUGACAGAGCUUGACUGGACCUUUGUGUUCGGUGUGGUCUCAAUAUACGGAAUAAACCAAGGGCUUGGUGGCUCAUUGCGUGAUGUAGCCAAAGACUACUACAUGAAAGAUGUUCAAAAGGUUCAGCCUUCUGAAUCUCAGGCUUUUACUGCAAUCACCAGGAUUCCAUGGAUCAUUAAGCCUCUUUGGGGCAUUCUCAUUGAUGUUCUUCCCAUCUUUGGCUUCCACAGACGCCCUUACUUCAUAUUAGCAGGGGUGCUUGGAGUGGGAUCUAUGCUGUUCAUUUCGAUUCUUAGUGAUUACACAUAUACUUGGCACUUUUGUGGAUGA